CUGAAAGUUUGCUUUUCACCCAGCAUCGGACAGCGAUCAUACUAGGUGUGUGGGAUUGAGUGUGUGUGUCUUAUCUGUGUCUGCAGGGACUGCAUCUGCCUGCGACCUCCAUUGACUGUGACACUCACUCGAAGUGUGUCGCCUCACACACGCCCACACUCACCAUGGCAGCGGAGUGUGUUCCGGAGGGGUCCGACCUUAAGGAGAUGGGUGAGGAGGAUGUAUGGGAGCUGAUCAACGACAACCGUCAUCGUAUCUCCCUGGGUGUGAAACCAUGUAUGUUGAUCCCCUACCUGCGCCAGGCCAGGGUCCUCACAGAGAUGGAUGAAGACGAGAUCCUCUCCUGCCUCAAGCUCACCAACCGCUCCAUGAGGACCAGUAAGACAUCUAUUCUAUUCAUUUCUAUUAGAUUCUAUUAUUUUCUAUUGUAGUACUUUAGAUUCUAUUCUGUUGUAUGCUAUUUGUAUUUUUUCUAUUCUAUCGUUUUUCUAUUCUGUUGUAUUCUAUUCAAAUCAAUUUGAUUCUAUUGGUGUUGAUUUUUUCACUUGGUUUUGUGAAAACAUUUCUUUAGAGGAGUUAGUAGUAAGCCUUGGGCCAGCCAGAACGGCCCAUAGGAGUAGGAGCCUAUGUCCUGUUUCGGUAGAGUGAGGCAGCUUGAGUACACCCCCCUGGGCAGGACGCUAGUAUGUCACAGGGCCUGACCCCCAAUCCAUCUCCUUAAUGCUGAGUCCCAAGCAGAGAGGCAUCAGAUCCCAUUUUUAGUCUUUGGUAUGACUCGACCAGGAACCGACCUUGCAAUCUCAGGAUGGACACUUUAACCACAAGGCCACUGAGUUGGGAGGAAUUUGGAUGAGUAAGAGAUACUGUAGGAUGCCUACCAACUCUGCCCAGCUUUGGUGAUUAAAUUUAACUUCCUUAUGUUAUAAAAUACAUUUGACCAAGACAAAUAUGAUUAUUCAUGUGCUGAAUCAUUCAGUGGGGUCUUUCUCUAACAUAUCAGUAGCAUUAUUUUAAAAAGUUGGAUAUCGUAAUCUAAUACACAUCCGUUAAUAAGUGCCGAGCUCUGUUGACAUAGCGGUGCAGGCUUCUCAUAACAACUUUUGAGGAUUUUACAUUUUGUGGUCGUUGUCUUCAAAGUUGUUUCCGCUGGUGGCAAAAAUCAAAAUUACCAUGACACGAGCUGAAUUAAAUGUAAAAGGAUUUGAAAAUGAAAAGGUUGUUCUACGCUCAGUGCUCCGUUAACAUUUCACAGAGAUACGCUUGUUUUUGUGAGAAAUCUUCGAAAAAGGACAGGAAUUUCGAAUUAAUAUGAAAAGCGUAAACUCAAAUAUGAAAAUACUGUCAUGUCUUAAAAUCGAUAUCCAUCUUACCUCUAUAUGUAUGUCCUACGGAUUCAAGAAGAAAGGUGACGAGUUCAACGGGAAAGUGGUAGCCAGUAGCCUUUAUUCUGGCACAGAAUCCAGCCUAGCUGACAUGAUGCAAUUUUCCAGAUUUUUGACCACAUGGCCUCCAUUGAUUUAGUCACCCUAACUCUGGCCAUCCUACAGGGGAAAAACUCCAAAAAGUUUUAAACGGAUUGUGUAUGUGUGUCAUUCAAAGGGUGAAUGGGUAAGACAAAAUAUUAAAGUACCUUUGAACGGGUAUGGUAGUAGGUGCCAGGCGCACUGGUUUGAGUGUGUCAAGAACUGCACCGCUGCUGGGUUUUUCACGCUCAACAGUGUGUAUCAAGAAUGGUCCACCACCCAAAGGACAUCCAGCCAACUUGACACAACUGUGGGAAGCAUUGGAGUCAACAUGGGGCAGCAUCCCUGUGGAACGCUUUUGACACCUUCUAGAGUCCAUGCCUCGAGGAAUUGAGGCAAAAGGGGGUGCAACUCAAUAUUAGGAAGGUGUUCCUAAUGUUUUGUGUACUUAGUGUAUAUCUACACUCUUGAGCAUGUCUUAUAACUGGUGGUGAAAAUUAGUUCUGCAAUUCAUAAAUGUUUAUAACUCAACAUGUCCAUAUUUUAAUAGUGUCUGUCCCUAUAAAACUACUAAAUUAAUGAUGAAAUACAACAGUACAUUUUUAUGAAUAACAGUCCAUAAAACAGUCCAUCUAUGUGUUUGGUUUACGUUGUGACCAAGGCCUGUGUCCUAUUUAACCCUUUGUCUUUUUUAGGUCACAUGCUGGACCUGCUGCGUAUCCAGGGGAGGGACGGAGCAAUGGCCCUGCUGGAGAGCCUGAUGAUCCACUACCCCACCCUCUACACCCAGGUCACAGGCCGUAAGCCCAGCGCCCAGCCCUCUGGCUUCAGUGGUGAGUAGCACACAACACAUGACCUGUUUCCCAUGUGGGUCAUUUAGGCCCUGUGUUAAGGAGAGGGGCGUGUUACCUUGUUUGAAGGAUGAUGGCUCUUUUUUUAAGUUGACCUGUCGGCUUGAAAACAGUACAAUGUGUUCAUUCUAUUCAUCAGUAAACAGUAUUCUAACUAUAAAUUAUUCACAUAAUCUUUGGAGUAAAUCAUUUGGUAAAAAUAUUUGGUGGGAAAUUAUACAUAGUCCAAUCAGUAGUCCUGGGUUAGCAGCAGGGUGUAGUGUGUCCAUCCUAACCUGAUUUCCUCCCAGGCCUGAUUAAGUACUCGGACUUGACGGAGUACCUGGUCAGAGCCGUGACAGGGAUGCAGAAGGAGCUGCAGGAGGCUCGGCAGGAGGCCAGUCGGCUGGGGAUGCGCUGCACCUCCCUGGAGGCGGAGCUAGGUCAGACUCUGGAGCAGGGGGAGGAAUCUCGCCGUCUUAAGGCCGACCAUGGCCGCAUGAGGAAGCAGUUGGCUGCCGCGCACCACGACAUCUUGAAGCUGAAGGACGAGAAGUGUGACCUGUAUGUGCGGUACACGGCCGCCAUCGAGGAGAGGUCGGUCGCCAACAUCCACUGUAGCGACCUCAACCUGCAGGUAAGGGUAAAAGGGUUAGCUGUGUGAUAUUCAGGAGUGGUGAUGACUGCACUACAUUACAUGAAGUGAUAAGUUACGGUAUUGACAGUGUUGUUACGGUAUUGACAGUGUUGUUACGGAGUUGACCAAAAGUAUUGUAAAGUGUAUUGAACUAAUACCAGCAUUAUUUUGGUGUUGAAACGUGUUAAAGCUGGAAUCCUUAAUGGUGAAACUGCCACGCCCGUUUGCGAUAUUACAACAACAAAGAAAUUAAUGCAAACAACGAACACUGUUUUUUUCCCCUCUGACAUCAUUGCACACGCGAUAGAACAGCAGCAUAUGUACUGCAAAUAUAUAUUUUUUUACAAUGCACGACGCUCCCCAGCUCUGUUUCGUCAUCAAAACAAAAACAAUAACAACAGCCGUGGGGUGGACAGUGGUGCUGUUUCCCCUACUGCGGAUUCCAUCUUUAAGAGAUACAUUUCAUUUACUGUAAGAAACAACAAGAGACAAUAGGAAACAUGUUGAAGCAACUGUGGUCAAAUACUGCGGUCACAGAAUUUGUGACAGUAGUCUUUUCUUUUUCUAUGAUGGGCAGGUAUAUCAGCUUCAGUUUGAGCUGCGCAAAGCCCAGACAGAGACGGACUUCGAGAGGCAGCACUCGCUCAAGUGCACCACCCCCAGCAAGACGCAGCAACUGCAGGACGAGAUUAGCACUCUGCGCAGGCAGCUACUGGAGGCCGAGAAAUUCACCCCAGUGAGUGAGGAGGACACAAGCUCAGACUUCUACAAACAAACUGUAGAAUUGCUCAGAGACACACUGUGGUUCUGACUAUUGUCUCUUCCUCUUAUCUUUCUCUCUGUUUCUCUCACUAUCCCUCUAUACCCUUUAUGUUCUCUCAUUUUCUAUCCCCCAUUCUCUGUAUCCCUACACCUCUCUCUCUCUCUCUCUCUCUCUCCUCUCUCUCUCUCUCUCUCUCUCUCUCUCUCUCUCUCUCUCUCUCUCUCUCUCUCUCUCUCUCUCUCUCUCCUCUCCCUCCCUCUCCAGGCGCGUGAGGAUAUCCUGGCCCAAGACCUGGCUGACGCGAGGGAUGGCGGUAUAGAGCUUGCUGAGCAGCUCAGGUGCUACAGAGAGGAUAAUGAGCAGCUGGCCCGCGAGAGGCAGGAGGUGUGUGUGUCUAUGAGAUUGUGAACAACCCUUUUGAGUUGGCCAUUUCAUUCAACAGCAAAUAUCUGCUGAAAGGCAAUCUGCUUUGUGUUACACAGUACAUUUUAGAGUGGCCGAAGUCUAAAUACUGUGUGGGUAUGUUUGCUCUUAGAUUGUAGAACAGAAGGAGUGUCUGGCGCUGCAGGUUCAGAAGCUGUCUCUGGACUGUGAGAUGUACCAGCAGAAGAGUACUGUCAUACAGAACCAACUGAGGGAGCUACAGGCAGAGAGAGACCACGUAAGGAGCUAUUACCUUAUAGCUAAUGGCAUCAUUACUCAUCCUGAAAUCAAUUAUUGGAAUGCCAUACCUGUCUGCCUGCCUGUGUGUCUGACUGCCUACCUGCCUGCCUACCUAUCUGUCUGUAUAUCUGUCUGUCUGCCUUCCUGCCUACCUGCCUGCCUACCUAUCUGUCUGUAUAUCUGUCUGUCUGUCUGCCUUCCUGCCUACCUACCUAUCUGUCUGUCUGUCUGCCUACCUACCUGUCUGCCUGUCUGUCUGUCUGCCUGCCUGCCUGUCUGUCUGUCUGUCUGUCUGUCUGUCUGCUUAUCUGUCUGUCUGCCUGUCUGCUUAUCUACCUACCUACCUACCUGUCUGUCUCUCUCUGCCUGUCUGCCUGCCUAUAUCCACCUAUCUGCAUACUGACCUGCUGCAUGUAUGUCUUUGCUUGUCACUCCACAUACACUGAGUGUACAAAACAUUAAGGACACCUGCUCUUUCCAUGACAUAAAUUGACCAAGUGAAUCCAGGUAACAGCUAUAAUCCCUUAUUGAUGUCACUUGUCGCAUGCGUAUGUGUGCCAUUCAGAGGGUGAAUGCGCAACUCAAUAUCAGGAAGAUGUCCUUAAUGUUUUGUACACUCAUUGUAUGUAUAUCUGUCUUAUUGCCGCCCUAUCUGUCUGUCUGUCCAUCCCUCCAGGCGUACCUGUCCAGAGACGAGGCCCAGGCCCAGAUAGCCAGGAGCCUGGCUGAGAAGGACAUGCUGCGCAGCCAACUGGUGGAGCUCCAGGAGAAGGUCUUCACCCUCAGGGCCUGGGGUGCCUGCCGAGGGGGCCCCGACACACCAGGGGUAACACACACACACUGUAUACAUAUACACACAUACACGUUGUACGCACACUCGCACACACACUUGUAUGGACGUACAUGUGUACAUGUCCAUACACACAUUCACAUUGUAUACAGAUUUACAUACAGAGCAGAUCCUAAAUGAGGUACUUAAGACUAACGUGUGUGUGUCUGUCUGUCUGUCUCCAGGAGAGGAAGUUCAGCUGGGAGAGCCAGGGCUCCAGCAGUGACAGCCUCCCCUCCAGCCCCCGACCUCGUGCCCGCCUCCGCCGCAUGCAUGCAAUAUGCCCCGAUUCCAUGAGUGGAUGCAGUAUAAAGGUGUGGGUGUGUGUGUGUGCAUGCAGGAUUUAUAUCAGUCAUGUCAGCUGUUUAUAAUCUGAUUUGUCCUUUAAUGAUUUACAUCAUAACUUGACAUCUCCUUCCUUCUGGUAAUUUGUGUGUGGUGUGGUGUGGUGUGUGUGUGUGCGGGUUGUUGUCUGUGUUGUGGCUGUGUUGUGUUGUGUUGUGUGUGUCUGUGUGUGUCUGUGUGUGUCUGUGUCUGUGUGUAGAGUGGCGAUAUAUGUCCAAGUAGUGUGCGGUCCCAAAAUGUGGAGCCUCCAUGCCCAGAGUCACUGCGGAGACGAGAAGAGACCCUAUGGUACAAUCGAGACAGGUAAGGGGGGGGGGACUCCUCAUUCAGAACCAGUUGGACAUUUUACACAGUAGCACAGUUGGCAUGCUUCCUUCUAUAUUCUGAGUGAUGUGAUGUCACUAUCCAAAGUCUGCUUUUUUAACAGGAAGGCCAUGUGUUUACUCUGUGUGUUGCCGGGAAGAGCUUAUAAUAAUAUAAUAAUAUGCCAUUUAGCAGACGCUUUUAUCCAAAGCGACUUACAGUCAUGCGUGCAUACAUUAUUAUUAUUUUUUUGUGUGUAUGGGUGGUUCCCGGGGAUCGAACCCACUACCUGGCGUUACAAGCGCCGUGCUCUACCAGCUGAGCUACAGAGGACCAAGGCUUUUCCCAGCAGCCCUUCUUUCUGUUCUAGUAACAUUAGAUAAUUCUACAACAGAGCCAUUUUAUUAUUAGAACUGUGUAGAGGUAGAUUUGAUCCUCCUAUAAACUAUGUGGCGUCUAUAUGGCUGAGUCCCAAAUGGCACCCUAGUCCCUAUAUAGUACAGUAGUUUUGACCAGAGCCCUAUGGGUCCUGGUCAAAAGUAGUGCACUAUAUAGGGAUUAGGGUGCCAUUGGAAACGCACCCUGUCUGGUGAUAUUUGAUCGAGGAUUCAGGUGAUAUUUUUGGAACUAAUUAUAGGUUGUUUUCACAGAUGAACGGCUGCCCAUGUUCAUGUUUGUUGUCGUAGUUUUGUGUUUACAGUGAAGACAAAAGUCAGUCUAGGUGCCAUGGGAGCAACUCUGGAUUUCUGCAGUCCAACUCACCCAACCAGUUUAUCAGCCGCAGCAUACAUGAUACAUAGAGAGAGGGAAUGAGAGGUUAGAGAGAGAGAGAGAGUGAGAGCAAAAAUAAGGAGGAAAGAAGAAGACAUUUUGUAAACAAGUGUUAUUCCGUCUUCUUGUCCCUAGCUCGGAGACGGCUGAAUGUGACUCCUUACUGGACAAUGACUUUGUGUUCAUCCCCAGUGGUACGUAACUGAAUGAACUCCCACCUUUAACAACCUCUCACCUUACUGGGAAUCACCAGCUUACAGUAAAUUCCUGGUUGUAUGUGUGUGCGUGCAUGCGUGUGUACUUACAAGUGUGUUUGUGUGUGCACUUGCGUGCUCGCAUACAUGGAUAUAAGUGUGUGCUUACGUGUUUAUCUUUGUGGGGAAACACCCAGAUGAGACUUCCUGAAAACAAAUGGAAAUGUUUUGGUUGGCCAUUUAGAGAUGAUUGAAAUGAAAUUUGGAUCCUGGCCUGGUAGGCUAGGUAACACAUUAACUGUGGCGCUUUCUGUCUGUGGACACAUUCUUGAACAGUCUCUCUUUUUUGUUUUAUUCGAUUUACAGAAAAUGAGGUUGAGCAAUCUGUUAUGUCACCCAUGCCUUCCUGCCAAGGCAACAACAGUGAUGGGUGAGGAACGUCAAUUUACCUUGAUGUACUGAAAUCUAUGGGAUGUGCACACAUUCACUACCUUGAAUUGCAAGUAUAAGUACAGAGGAACAAAGCCAUUUAGCCUGCAUAUUGCAAGGAGAGGGUAUUAUGAUGACAACACAUGAAAAUGAUUUACUCCUAUAAGGCGCCAUUACCAAACUCAAAGUACCUUACAUACAUCGUAUGCAUUUAACAAUAAUCUUGGUUAAUCCGAAACUAAAAUCACGUGCAAUUUGGUCAGAUGCUCGAUUGUUUACGAACUUUCCGUAGUCAUCUAACAAUGAAAUACUCUCAUCUCCUCUCUAUCUCAACCCCAGCCUCUCCAGGGCAUCAGCCCCUCCGUUCCUGCUGCGCUCCCGGCCCCGGGCCAUGCGCAUCACGGGCCGAGUCCUGACCAUCUCCUUCCAGGGGGAGGCGCUGCUGAGCCAGCUGCAGGUGGUGGGGGGUAACAAGACAGGCGUGUUCAUCCACCAGGUCACUGAGGGCUCCGCCGCCAACAACGUGGGCAUCAGUUCGGGGGCACAAAUAUUGGAGGUGUGUGUGUGUGUGUGUGUGUGUGCGUCUGUGUCCCAGUCUCCUAUCCAGCAGCACCUGACAGAUCGAUUCAUGGCAGCCAUUUUGUGUCAUAACUCCCCCAGCCCCUCUUCCUCACAGUUUCUGUGAAGGCACUAUAAUUCCAAUGGGUGUUUGUGCUACUGGGUUCCAGGUGAAGUAUGAGCAGGCUCAGCAGGCUCUAAGGAUGGUUCUGGAGGACUCCACCCUGGAGGAAGCCAUGUGGGCUCUGGGGCAGGUCCGAGGCUUCUGCCACCUCUCCCUGAGGCCCAAUCAAGAUGGUGAGACCCUGGCCCUGUUAAAAUAUAUGAAUAUGUCAUCAUUAUGUUCAAAUACAGUCUGGUUAAAAUACUUUAUACGUCAUCACAUUCAAAUACCCUGCCCAGUGCAAAUACUUGUAAAAUGCAUCCUUUCUUUCUCCCUUGCUUGACAUUAUCCUUCUGAUGUGACACAAUUGUAAAAGCAAGGAUGUUAAAGCAAAAUGUUAACGUGACUUUGAUGGAGUGUGUCAAAUCGCUCGGAUCGGCACUAGAAAGAUACAAAUAUGUGUUCUUAGCUGAUUAGCGCUCUGUGGAUUUCGUCACAAAAACAAGUGCAGGAGUUCCUCAUACUCAUGAUUAGGUUGAAGAUCAAUGAUUAUCUGUCAUGUUUUAUAGGUAUUUAGGAUGACUGUUUGUUUUGAGGUAACAUAGCAACAUAGGGGUGAAAAAACAGAGUGACAUACUGGGGACACUUAAACCCAAAAACAACUUCAAAGUGGUCCAUUUCAGCACCUGGCUAAUUUCAGAACAACAAAAAAGAGUGUUCUCUUUUUUCUCCACUGGUUCUCAACUGGAAAGCUAUUGGCAUGCUACAAUAGCAUUGCAUAAGUACCAAUCUCUGUGUAAUGUGUAUCACUAAGAAUUAACACAAAGUAUGCUUCCACUUGACAUUUCAUAAAUAUGCUAUUUUAAUGUUUCUGUAUUCAUAUUGGUGGUUGUGAUAUAUAUAACACUUGUACUAGUGGCCGGACCCAGAUGAGUGGCGACAGUGGUCUAAGAACUGAAUCGCAGUGCUAGCGUGCCACUAGAGAUCCUGGUUCGUAUCCAGGCUCUGUCGUAGCCGGCCGUGACGGGAGACCCAUGGGGCGGCGCGCCUAUGCCCAGCGUUCGUCCAGGGUAGGGGAGGGGAAUGGCCGGCAGGGGAUGUAGCUCAGUUGGUAGAGCAUGGCAUUUGAAGCCAGGGUUGUGGGUUCAUUCCCACGGGGGCAGUAUGAAAAAUUAAAUAAUGUAUGCAGGAUAAGAGCGUCUGCUAAAUGACAAAAAAAAAAUCUCGGCACAGUAAAUCCUGCUAUGGUCCCCUCCCCUCUUCUCUCUCUCGCAUAUGAGAAGAUCCUGCUCACUGCAGAGUGGCGAGGCACAUGUCGGGUGACUCCUUCUACGUGCGUGUUCAACAUGUCGUUACCCGGGGGCUCGCAGGACGCUCUGACCGUUUCCUGUAACGACAUCCUCCACGUCACAAGCACCCGCCCAGCGGGCAUCGACUGCUCCUGGAGGGCCAGCCACGUCCAUCCUUGCCAACUGCUGGACCUCAAGACUGGCAACAUGCCUAACUACUACAGGUACUGGGUCCAGUACCCACCAUGGGGUCUUGGAUUGUUGACAUGGACUCUUUCUAUCCUAGCCUGGUUCCAGAUCUGUUUGUGCUAUCUUACCAACUCCUAUGACCACUAUAGCACAGACAGAUCUGGGACUAGGCUAUAUCUAUCCCCCUCUGGAGAACUAACAUGUGGUACAUGUAAUCUAUGUUUGAUACAAGGACAUACUGUUAAGAAUUACUGUAGGAUUUAAUUGGCCAAUACAUAAAUUACAUACUGUAUAAAUGAUAUUAGUGAAGAUAUGUUAAUUGUCAUUGCAGGGCCCAACGCCUGCUGAUCAGAGCUAUUGAGGACAUGAGCUUCCAACCCAUGACACUUAGAAAGGUAAAAUCAUUCACUAGUUUCAUAGUUUGCAGAACUACUCUAACCAAAAUCCAACUCGCUUUAGGGUUCUGAGUUACGGUCAAGUGACACUCCUUUCCCGCGAAUGUGUGUGUUCCAAAAAUGUUUGUUUUUGACGUUUCUAGAAUGUGUUAACCGAACAUUCAUGAAGAAAAUGUUGUAGUCAUGUCAUGUGAAUAUCCCUCAGAACCGCUGUCAAACGUUCGGGUUACCACAUUGUUUGCUGGGUCCUCAGGCCCAGGAGAAGCAGAAGACGGUGAGGAUUGUCAGUACUGGGAGACAGGGAAGGAAUCCUCUGUGGGUCUGUGUAGAAGACAGCAAGGACAAGAGCACUGGGCCAGGUAUAUAUCAGAUACAGUCAAGGCUGGAUAGGAAGUCAUUUUUGUACACAAGAAUAUACAAAACAUAACAGAGCCAGAACCAUAGACGUCAUAUCGCAGGUAGCUUAGUGGUUAAGAGCGUUGUGCCAGUAACCGAAAGGUCGCUGGUUCUAAUCCCCGAGCCGACUAGGUAAAAAAUCUGUCGACGUGCCCUUGAGCAAGGCACUUAAGCCUAAUUGCUCCUGUAAGUCGCUCUGGAUAAGAGCGUCUGCUAAAUGACUAAAAUGUAAAUGUAAAUAACAGACUAUCCUCCAUGUUGGAGCCAAACCAAGUUUGCUAAACGGUGCAUAAACAUUGCUAUGGCAGGUUUGAUUAACUCCAGCGCUAUGAUAUUACCAUACCUAUUAGGGCUGGGAUGAUACAGGUAUCACGGCAAGUAUCUUGUUUUCAUUUUUGCGAAGGAAAAAAUAUUGCGAAACUGGUAUCGUCACAGCUCUAACACCUAUAAUGCGUAGUAAUAAUGUCGCCUUAGUUAUUGACCUGAACCUGGUGUGUCCUAAUAUUGUCCUCUCCUCUAGGGGAUGCCUCUGCGCCCAGAGGCUGUGUGACCCUCAUGCCCUACACCCUGGUCACGCCCCACUACCCACCCGUCUGCCGUCCAGUCCUCCUGCUACCCACAAUCCUCGGCCGUGUCCUGGAUAAGAAGCUGGCCGAGUGGCAGGGCUUUCAGUUGUGUGAGCCAGGUUAGGAAGGAUUCUUUCUAUUUUUUUCUUUUUUUUUCUGACGUUCUUUCUCUCUCUCUCCUUCUCUCUUUUUAUUUUUUAUUUCAUCCAAUAACUGCAUAUCCCCCCGCCCCCAAGCCCAGAGGGGAAUUCCAAUGAGAUUAUCUAUUAUUAGCACAGUAGCUGAAGGUGACGAUAAUAAAGAUGAAAUGUUUGUUUUCCUCAUACCUGCUGUCUCACCAUCUCCUUUAACUAUCUCUUCCCCUCUCUCCCUCCCUCCCUCCCCUAUCCCCAGAGUUAUUGAGUUCCAGCGAGCACGCUGCCAGGCUGCAGAGGUCUGAGGUGCUGGAGGAGUGUGAACAAGGGGGUCAGCGGUGUUACACCCUGCAGAGUGUUGAGAGGGUCAUAAAGCAGGUGGGAUAGUCAAAAUGCCACAACACUGUAUUUGACAUACUGAUAUUAGAUAUAUAUUUUUUUAAUGGUUUAUGACUUACUUGAACCGUUUUCCACAAACUAUAAUACCUCCCUUUUUUUCAGUGGCCCUGUUAUUUGUGCAGCUGCAGUAUUGACCGUACCGAAACUCCUCUCCUCUUCCUCAUCUCCUCUGCUCUCAGGGUACCCACUGUGUGCUGCCUCUAGGCCUGGACUGUGUACGCCGCCUCCACAGGGCAGAGAUCUUCCCCAUCAUCAUCUUCAUCGCCCAGUCCAAGUGCAGCGCACGCAAACUCAAGUAGGCCAUUGUGUGACUUUUGAUAAGAAAUAUGAAUGGUAGCAAUAUUGUUCCAUUGCCCCUUCUACAUGAUGUAUCUUUGUGUUAAUUUCUCUUCUCUCUCCCUCCAUCUCUCCUUUUACCCUAUUUGUCUUUUUCUACCUCUGGAUUUUCUCUCUCUCUCUCUCUCUCUACUCAUCACUCCUGUUUUUUCCCCCCUCCAUCUCUCCUCCUGCCUCCUCCCCCUCUCUCCCAGGUCUAAGGUGCAGCGUCAGGGCUGGUCCGAGGAGCAGCUGCUUGAGUGUUCUCGCAGCGAGGAGCCCCUGCUGGACAAGCUGCCCUGCCUCUACCGCAGCAUCAGCCCUGGCUCGUGGGGCGACAGCACCGCCCUGCUCACCACCCUGCGCUCCAUCAUCUGGGAGGAGCAGAAGAAGAUUGUGUGGGUGGAGCCUGAUUUGUGGUGAUUUUAGGGCAUCAGAGGGAUCAUUGUGAAGUUUGUUGAGGGGGCACUGGUGGCCAAAUUGGAUGUCUUUGAAUUCCUUAUUUGUAAAAUAAUUAUUUGGAAUAUUUGUAAAUGGAUAAAACUGAGGAGGGUUGCAAUAGGCAUUACAUACCUGGCCAUUAUGAGACAAGGCAUAUUAAUCUGUAAUGAAGGUAUUAUGAGGAGAUGUAGGAGACGUGGUCCUCUGUAGCUCAGCUGGUAGAGCACGGCGCUUGUAACGCCAAGGUAGUGGGUUCGAUCCCCGGGACCACCCAUACACAAAAAUGUAUGCACGCAUGACUGUAAGUCGCUUUGGAUAAAAGCGUCUGCUAAAUGGCAUGUUAUAUUAUUAUUAUUAUGUACCUGCACUUUGGUUUAGCUUCAUUAAGUUAUUGUUGUUUUUUCCAACCUAUAUUUUCUUGUAUUGUUUUUAGGAACAGUUUUUUCAAAUAUCUUUAUUAUCAUAAAGAUAUGAUGUUGUUAUAUACUGUGAAUUGUAUUGUAUUAUAUACAGUAUAUAUAAUGUACUGUAUUAUAUACAGGAUUUCAACAAACCUGUGAAACCAUAGUCUUACCCAAGUCACACCUGAAAUGUAAUGUAGACAUUUCAGUCAGACUAUGUUGACAAGAUUUCUGACAGUUAAAGUUUCCAUACAAUGAGGGAUUUAAUUGCCUAUACUGAAGUGUGCAACUCAAAGUAGGGUUGAAGUGUAAUGAUAGUAGGCAUUAUAUGGAUUUAUGUUGGAACAUGUUUUUAAAGCAGUGGUAUUCAAAGUCUGGGUCUGGACCCCUAUUGGGCUCGCGGGGGAACUGCAGUUGGGUCGCCAAAAUAAAAUGUAUAAUAAUAUAUACAAAGAGUACAGAUUAUUUUAUGGGACAAUAUACAAAGGUUUUUUGAGAAAGAUCAUUUGAAAAAAAAAAUUGUAUUGAGUAA